GAACUUGGAAGAGAAAAAGGGAGGAGAUCUUCUAAGCCAUGGAUGCCACGAUAAGAUCUUGUCUUGGAGGUCCAAUUAAGGAUGAGAAGAGAGCUGAUCAGUCCUGCGGUGAUGACGACGGCUCUAGAGAGCUUGAAAAGCUCUGUGAUGGAAGACAAGUCCACGACGAUAACGGUUCAAAGCCGUCUUCACCUAACCAAAAAGAGACAACCAUUAGCAAACAGGUGUCUACUGAAACAUCACCUAUGCAAAAUAUUUUAAGAGCACCAUCUUCAAUAAAGAAGGAUCAGGAGGAGAAGCUUGAAUCUGCCAAAGCCGAAAUGGGUGAAGUGAGAGAAGAAAAUGAAAGAUUGAAAAUGGUCUUAGCUCGAAUUGUGAAGGACUACCAAUCACUCCAAACAAAAUUCUUUGGCAUCGCCCAACAAGAAGCAGCUACGCAAUUUGCAGAUACAGCCCCUAAAGACCAAGAAAUUGAAGAGCCUGAACUUGUUUCGCUUAGCCUUGGAAGAAUUUCAACUGAACCUAAAAAGGAAGAAAAGAACAGCAAUUCUAGCAAAUGUAAAGAGGACGACCACGAAGGAUUAUCUCUUGGGUUGGACUGCAAAUUUGAAGUCUCUAACCCGGGUUCCACUGAGAGAGCCUCGAACCCAAGCCCGGAAAAUAGCCUCGAAGAACCCAAGGAAGAGGAGGCCGGGGAGACAUGGCCACCCAGUAAGUUUCUCAAGACCAUGAGAAGUGGAGAUGAUGAAGUUUCACAGCAGACCCAAGUGAAGAAAGCUAGGGUUUCUGUCAGAGCAAGAUGCGAUACUCCAACGAUGAACGACGGAUGCCAAUGGAGGAAAUAUGGGCAGAAAAUCGCCAAAGGGAACCCAUGCCCUCGCGCAUACUACCGUUGCACCGUUGCACCAGCAUGCCCAGUAAGAAAACAGGUGCAAAGAUGUGCCGAGGACAUGUCCAUUUUGAUCACCACAUAUGAAGGAACCCACAACCACCCCCUACCGGUUUCAGCCACAGCCAUGGCUUCCACCACUUCAGCGGCCGCUUCCAUGCUAAUGUCCGGCUCAAUUAGCUCCCGACCAACCCUUGCUGGUGCAAGCCUUGGGCCGUUGGCUACAAACACCACCUCCGCGGCCGACCUCCAUGGCCUAAACUUUAACCUUGCAGAUAAUACCAGAGCUAGGCCGUCAUUUUACCUACCGAGUUCUUCAGUCUCAUCCUCUACCACAUACCCCACGAUUACUCUCGACCUCACUGCCCCCCCUUCGUCGUCUGCAUCAUCGUCCUCCUUUCAGCUCAAUAGGUUAUCUACUUCAAACUUCCCAGCUCAAAGAUACUCUCCAACAAGCUUUAACUUUUCUUCUACAGAGUCUAACUCCCAACCAACCUGGGGCAAUGGGUACCUAAGCUAUGGUACCCAGCCCUACAAUAAGAACCAGCAGCAACUUGGAUCUUUGAGUCUUGGAAGGCAACCUCAAGAGUCUUUCUAUCAGGCUUACAUGCAAAAGAAUAAUCCUGCAGCUCCUUCUCAGCAGUCUUUAACGGAGUCGAUCGCCGCUGCAACCAAGGCGAUCACAUCAGACCCAAGUUUCCGAUCGGCGCUAGCAGCCGCAAUAGCAUCGAUAGUAGGUUCCGGAAAUUCUGGGACGACGACCCAGGGAAAUCAAGGCAGUGGUGAGAAUUUUGGCCAGAACUUGAAGUGGGGUGAACAAUUUUCUGCUGUUCCCCCCUACACAUCGACGACUCCGAAUGGGAAUGGAUGCGCAUCGAGCUUCUUGAACAGAUCGGCCUCGUCGAAUACUCAACAAGGAAGCCUGAUGUUUCUCCCACCUGCAUUGCCAUUUUCAACCUCUAAGAGUGCAUCUGCGUCUCCGGUUGACAAUAGGGACCAUAUCAAUAUCAAUWGAUGACGGCUUUUCUGGAUAGCUGACCGCUGGGAUGUUGUUUAAUGCUGGUUGGGCUGCUUGACGAAGAAAAAUUUGCAAGGCGUAGGUGACAGCAAGCGAACUACAUUGAUCGAUCGUUAUCACUUUUCUUUCUGACAAUUAAUGUUGGUAUACAUAUGUGGAUAAUAUGGCAUUGGUUAUUGAGACUUGAGAGUUCACCUUCGCUACUACUUCCUCCUCCAAGGAUUGUAGGACAUUCGAUCCGCAGGUGGAAUCAUGGCCACGUCAGUAUGUCUGUCUCUUGCUCCCAAACAUGUGCAACGUGGCAUUGUUAUCCGCCGCCCGAAGGAGCUAGCUAUCCAUCAACGAAGAAGGGAAACCCUGAAAGUUGAAACCCUAAGCCUAAGGUCAAGUUUCACUCUGGCUAUACUUCUCACCUCUUUGUAUCCACAUGUAUCAUAAAGAUGUUGCAUUCUAUUGCUAAAAUCGAAGGUAGGACAAGUUCAUCAAUUCAUUACAUUA